UAGUUCUGUUUUUGCUCUUGUAGUUUAAUGGCACUCAGCAUACGAGAGCGGUGUGAUGUUGACUAUAAAUUAUUUUAUAAACUGAAUAAUUUGGUGUUUCUACAAAAUUAUUAGGAGCUGUAUAAGAAAUUCCUGAGAGAUCGAUCAUGAUCGAUCAUCACCCUUAUUGAUAUCCAAAAUGGCAGUUCGUUCAGUGGUUAAUGAUGUUUUCACUCAAGUUUUCAUCGAUGAUAGUAGUGAAACAAGUGAGGUGGGAGAGUCAAUACUGGAGAGAAACUCAGAAGGAAACACGGAAGGUGGUUCCAUUGUGCUGAAUGCUACAGCAGAAUUCUGCUGUACGUUGGGUGACAUCUCCAUGUAUGGUCUGGCUGGCAACAGGGAUGAGGACACUCAGGAACUACUUGACUUUGAGAGGGAAAUGAUUGAAGAGAAGAAAUGUCAGGAAGAAGAAGAUAAACAUGGAACUUGGAAUGAAGUUGAGAUGGAGAUGAUGAAAAGUUUGGGCGUCACGAGCGCUACAGUGGUCCGACGUCAGACUUCAAAGAAAAGGAGGGCUCCAAACCAAAUGUUAAACUCGCCUACAUAGAUGAUGAUGGACACUUACUUAAUGCAAAGAUGGCUUUCAGAUACCUGUCUCAUGAAUUUCAUGGAAAGGGACAUGGCAAAAAUAAAGUGGAGAAAAGGAUGAAGAAAACUAAACGGGAGGGAGGCAACCAUCUCAAAAACAAAACUGCAAAUUCUUCAUGAAAUAUGCUGGCAUCAACUCUGAACUUUGGCAUGGACUUACAUUUUUAUUGUUUCUUACUGUCUGGAAUAUCAUCUCUGUUUUUAAAUAAGACACAGCUUGCAGCUGCCAACAUAGCCUAUGUGUACUAGAAGGAAGGCCACAGAGUUCAUGUCACAUUCAAAUGAGUACAGUGGUUCUCCUGCUUCCUUAGGUAACCUGUUGGCACCUGUAAGCUGAAAAGUACAAUUUCUAGUGAUUAGUUGCUUGCUUAUAGGACUUGAGCCAGAUGAAACAGCCUCUAAGCUAAAUCAGACAUGAAGUAAAUAUUAUUUGCCUUUGUUAAUUGCAAUAGCAAUAUUGUAUCCUUCCAAGGGAAGAAAGAAACCCUUGUUCAGUUGUAGACCAGUAUGAAAAGCUGUAAAAUUAUACAAGCAACAAAUCAGAAGAUGUACAGUCUACUGCAAAUCAUUGUAAAGCACCACUGAUAUAUCACUGAAACAUUUGUAAUGGGUUAUAAAAGUAACUUGGUUCAUCCUGGUCCAUCACACUAGUAAACGUAUAUAAGGUUUUUAACGACUAUCCAGUGUGACUGAUAAAAGUUGUUUUUAAUUUUUCAUCCUUUACAUGUUUCGGUCAAAACAACCAUCUUCAG